GUUCCGCCCUCCCUCCUCUCUUCGCCUGUUUUCCCCCAUAUCUCUUCUUCUUCCGUCGUCGUCGUCUCAAGCUCUCUCACUCCUGUAGAGACCAGACCUACCUUGAUCCAAUUCUUCUUCUCCACAAUCCACAUCCGAUCUUUCUCACCAUCAUUUGCAGAUUCAUUCGUUUUUCAUUUUCCUACAAAUACCCAACUAACUAAGAGAGGGUCGUCCAACUCCGAUAUGGCGACCUCCGCUACCAGUACUGUCUACAUCCAGGUCAUCGAGGAUGUCAUCAACAAGGUCCGGGACGAGUUCAUGAUCAAUGGACCUGGGGACAGUGUUCUCAGCGACCUUCAAGGAAUUUGGGAGCUGAAGAUGAUGCAAUCUGGAGCUAUAGUGGGUCCAAUUGAUAGGACAAAUAUUCAGAAAUCAGUACCAGGAGGUCCUACUCCUGUUCACGAUCUCAAUGUACCAUAUGAUGGAACGGAUGAAUAUGAAACCCCAACUGCUGAUAUGAUUUUUCCUCCAACACCACUACAGACUCCUUUGAUGGGAAUGACCCCAACGCCAUUGCCUGGAACUGCCCAAACUCCUUUACUAGGAAUUGCCCAAACGCCUCUACUGGAAUCAACAGACAGCCCAAUGUACAACAUUCCUACUGGUACUCCUCCCCUAUCUUCAAGUGACUAUCAUUCCUUGAACGAAAAUGGUAGUAGUGUCCACGAGAAGAAACUUGGGAGGUCCCCAUUUAUGCAACCACCUUCUGCCUGGAUGAACCAAAGGUCCUCAGUAGGCGUUGAUGUUAAUGUUGCAUAUGUGGAAGGUCGAGAAGAACUAGAAAGGGGCACGUCCAAUCGACCCGCAACCCAGGACUUCCUCACUGGCAAGCGGAAACGUGAUGAUAUUGCUUCUAAAUAUAAUGGUGGUGGCAGAUACAUACCGCAACAAGAUGGCGCAGGAGAUUCUAUUCUCGAUUCUCUCAAGGGAAGCAAGUAUGAAACAAUUGAAUGUGAAUUUGUGGGUUAUACUGGAGGGGCAAGGUUGUUGUCUUCAAGGAUUCCUCAACUGGAUGGACCAAUUCCUGAUCCUUUUGAUGAUAUGCUCUCUACUCCUAAUAUAUACAAUUAUCAAGGCACUGUUAGUGAAGAUUACAACAUAGCCAAUACACCAGCACCACAUGAUCAAGCCCCUACACCUGCUAUAAUAGCUCAAAAUGAUGUUGGAGAUGAUGAUGACGACGAUGAUGAGCCAUUGAAUGAAGAUGAUGAUGAAGACGAUUUGGAUGAUGUUGAUCAAGGAGAAGAUGUCAACACCCAACACCUGGUUUUGGCAAAGUUUGAAAAGGUUACACGCACUAAGAGCAGAUGGAAGUGCACUCUGAAGGAUGGCAUCAUGCAUUUGAAUAAUAAGGAUAUUCUAUUCAACAAGGCAAAUGGUGAGUUUGACUUCUGAUUUUGGUGGGGAAGAUGAUUUACUUAAUCUCAAGAGACAAUAAUAGUUUUACCGAGACAAGAAUGAAUGUCCUUGAAUGAAUGAAAGUAGCGAGGGAGGGAGACGAAAAGUUACGUACCUUAGACCGAUUUUGUUUUUUGGUGCGUAAAAAACCGAAUGAAUUAGUUGGUUGAUUUUGUAUAUACAAGUAAACCCAACAGUUGGAGCCAUAUUUUGCCACCCAAUUUCUAAGUCCUCUUUGGCUUUGGCUUGGCUUAGUGGGUGUAAUUUUUGACCUAAUCUUUUUCUAUAACUGUUGAA